UACUGCUUAAUACUUCAGGUACAUUUCCUGAUUAUACUCAGACUUUUCCUGAUUGCAGUAUUUUUACAGGGUGGUGUUGGUACUUUGAAGGCCCGUUGACACCCGUGCUCUCAGCAGCUGAUCUCAUUAACGGGGCUGCUGCAGUAAUUACUGCUGCGAUUAAUAUGAAAUUACUGAGAUUUCUCCUACUAGAGUUUGUUUCUCUUCAUCCGAACAGAGAACUGAAACUGGUGUCGUGUUUUCUACAGACUUUGGAACCCGAGAGACGUUUUGUGAUUUGGCAAAUAUAACUUGCCAAGUGUCUCUCAAACAACAUUUAGUUACUUUGCAGAUUCAGCUUAAUCAUACAAAAUAUAAUCAGCAAUUACAUAAUGAGGUAUUAUUACAGGAUAACAAAACUAUUGAUCCUGGGGAGAAACUCUCAAACUACCCAGCAGAAUAUAAAGUAACAGUAGCUCCACCUUCACCAGCUGCAGCAUGAAAGUGAUCAAUGCAUCAAUAACUAUAAUCCAAUAAUGUUUAUAUAUAUUCUGAAAUGGGCCGUUCUGCAUAACGAGUACUUUUACUUUUGGUACUUUGAGUAUAUUUAGAUGCUGAUACUUCUGUAUUUUUACUCCAGUAGCAGAUCUGAGUUCUUCUUCCACCUCUGAGGAACAUCAGAUGGGAAUAAACAGUUUUAAUCGAUCUAAAGCCCCAGGCUCCGCCCUGCCAGGACGUCACGGUACAGAAAUGAAUCGUACCUCAUGUCGCGGAUGGGAACCUGAUCGAUGAAUUAAUUACAGCAGCAGCGCUUCAUUAAGCAGCAGCUCUCACCGAAGCUGCUGUUAAAACUAUGUUUAAUAUUCAACAUCCACGAAGCUACCGCCUAGCAGCGUUGUUUAUUAGCCUUCACCUGCUAACUGUUAGCUAACCGCAUCGCCGAGAGGUCCAGAGGUUAAAAUCAAACGCGACGGAUUGGAGCCGACGGAAACCCGCGCGGCCAAAACUAAGCGAAUGGCGCGAGCAAAGGGUCAGAAAACAGUCAACCUCGUCUGACUUUAGCCUCUGAACUCUUCAGCUUCGUCCGUUAGUUUCACUUUUCUCCGGUAUGCUGCUCGGCUAACGCCGCCCUGCCGCCAGAAGUGAUCCAUGCCGUCGGUAACCGUGAAACAGGCUCGGUGCUAGCUGGUGUUAGCUCAUGCUAAUCGGCUGUGAUCCGUCGGAAGAUGUCCGGGUUCGGGUGGACGGUGGUCGUCCUGACGUGCCAACACAAAGACAGCGUCUACGCCUUCCAGAGAGAGCUGGAGUUGCGGCAGCAGCGUGGCUCUAUCCCUCAGGGUGCGUUGGUUUUGACAGUGCAGGACCGCCAGGAGCCGCUGGGCAGCGGGGGGGCGACGCUGAACGCUCUGCUGGUCGCAGCUGAACACCUGAGCAACAGAGCCGGACACACCGUGGUGACAGCUGACGUCCUGGAUGAAGCUCACAUCCUCAUCCUCCACACAGGUCGUGAUUUCCCCUGGAGCUCCUGCAGCCGAGCGUUCUGCUGGCUGCCCCGGGAGAACCCCGACCUGAGGGUCCAGGCUCCGGUCUGCUGUCUGGACCUGCUGCUGGACUGCCUCAGUAACCAGGUUUGUCCUGGCUCUCCUCCCGGCGUUUGGGUCUGCAGCACCGACACGAUCCUCACCGUCCCCCCUGGCUUCGUUUUGUCCUGGGACGGUUUCUCUGGAGUUCGGGUUUUGGCGUUGCCAGGCGACGUCUUCUACGCAGCCAAUCACGGAGUCUACCUGUCCGACCAACAGGGUCAGGUCAGGGACAUCAUCUACAGGGGAACGAAGGAGCAAAUUCAACAAGCUGUGAUGCCUGAUGGGAAGGUGCCACUGGUGUCAGGUCCAGUCUUCUUCAGCAGGUCUGUAUCAGAGAAGUUACUGCAGACUCACGUCACUCCUCCCCUGGACGGCUGCACCUACCUGGGCCUGGACUCUGGAGCUCCGCCCCUCCAGAUCUCUCUGUUCCUGGACGUGUUGAAGUGUCUCUGCUCAGAUCUGACUCAGGAUCAGUUUGUGAGCGAGGAGCGAGCCGGCUGCAGCGCUGCUGUUGGACCACAGGGGGCGACGGUGAGGAGCGGCAGGACGGAGCUGUGGAGGAUCCUGAGAGGAACUCCACUCAGGCUGGCGUACGUCCCCAGCGGUCGCUACGACUACCUGACUCUGUCUGGAAAGCAGCAUGUGGAGCGACUGACCUGUGAUUGGACAGACAGAAACGCUCUGUCUCACGUCCAGAGAGAGGGCGGGGUGAGUGAAGGAGGUCGACUUAUCAACAGCGUUCUGGAGGGUGACGUUGCCGUGGCGACCGGCGCGGUGGUGCAACACUGCCACCUACAGGGUCCUCUGGAAGUCCCGACGGGUUGUUUACUGUCGGGUCUCGAGUCGUUGACAUCACAGAGCAUCAGGCAGCUGGAGCUGGCCGAUGACAUCAUCAUCCAGGGACAUCGAAUUGAGCUGGGGGAACUGAAGCUGACCGUCUACACAGUGACGGGAGCGCAGGACGACCUGGAGGUCUCCUCUGAUGACAGCAAUGCCUCCUUCCUCAACCAGAGAUGGAGUCUCUUCUACAGCAGAACAGGAAUCCAGCCUGAGGAGUUGUGGGUCAGAGGAGAACAGCGCUCCCUCCUGGAGGCUCGUCUCUUCCCGGUCCUCCACCCCAGAGGAGGCGCCGUGGGUCUGGAGGGAGGUGUCGGCUGGCUGCUGGGGGGGGGCGGCUGCCUGCGCAGGUGGAGGGAGGCGUGGCGGCUUUCUCUGAAGGAGGUGAUGUCACUCACCCACCAGGAGGCGGAGCUGCAGUGGAGGGAGGAGUUACUGUUCCUGGCAGGAAGGAGGAGAGCGACGGAUGCCCUGAGGAGCCGCACGGACGUCUGCCUGCUGCCUUGCUUCAGGGCCGCGGUGCUGGGAGGCCAGCAGGGGGCGCUGCUGGGAACCCUCGACUGCAUUGCAGCAGGAAGCCUGCGGCAGGGGGCGGAGUCAGGCGCAGAGCUGGGCGUGGCCGCUCGCUGCCUCUCCUGCAUCGCUGACGUGUUGGUGUGCAUGGCGGGGGGGAGGGGAGGGCUGAGGAGCGGACCGGCCGCUAACGAGGCCUGGAGCUCCGCCUACUUCCUGUUAGAGGAGGGUAACCUGAGAGGCGGAGUCCACGCCCUGGCUACGCAGAGAGAGCGCUGGCUCAGCAGGCCGGACCUGCUGGUUCGGGCGGCACGGCACUACGAGGGCGCCGGCCAGGUGCUUCUACGACAAGCUGUGAUGUCGUCGCAGAGGUUCAUCUCCAUUGGCCGGGGUGAGGUCCCGCCCCUUGAGGAGUGGCAGGAAGUGGAGUGUCCGGCCAGACUGGACUUGGCAGGCGGCUGGAGCGACACUCCGCCCAUCGCCUUCGAGCACGGCGGCUCUGUGACCAACGUCGCAGUGAAGGUCGACGGGAAGCGUCCGAUUGGUGCCAGGGCCCGUCGCAUCAGAGAGCCCCGCCUCCUGCUGGUCAGCUACACUGGAGGGCGGGACGAUGGGGUUUCCACGGAGACAGUGUGUGACAGCCUGGAUGACCUGAGGGACCACUGUCAGCCUCACGCACCCGGAGCGCUGCUGAAGGCAGUGUGUGUGUGCAGCGGCCUGGUGUCGCUCUCCUCCCAGCAUCCUCUGGGGGAGCAGCUGAUGCAGCGGUGGGGAGGAGGGGUGGAGCUCCACAGCUGGUCGGUGCUGCCCACCGGAUCUGGACUGGGUACCAGCAGUAUCCUGGCAGGGGCGCUGUUGGCCGCGGUCUACAGGUGUACCGGUCGAACCUACAACACAGACUCCCUCAUCCACGGCGUCCUCUACCUGGAACAGAUUCUCACCACAGGUGGAGGCUGGCAGGAUCAGGUGGGAGGUCUGGUGGGCGGAGUCAAGGUGGGUCGUUCCAGAGCGUCUCUGCCCCUGCAGGUAGAAGUGGAACGUCUCAGUCCUCCAGAGGACUUCCUGGUUUCUCUGGAGCAGCACCUCCUGCUGGUGUACACCGGGAAAACUCGCCUGGCUCGCAACCUGCUGCAGGAUGUGGUUCGCAGCUGGUACAGCCGCCUGCCCUCGAUGGUCCAGAACGCCCAGCAGCUGGUGUCCAACUCAGAGGAGUGUGCGAGAGCCUGUUCAGACGGUUCUCUGUCCAGACUGGGUCAGUGUCUGGACCGCUCGUGGCAGCACAAGAAGCUGAUGGCUCCUGGAUGUGAGCCGGCCUCGGUGAGGGCCAUGAUGGAGGCCCUGAGGCCGCUGGUCCUGGGUCAGAGCCUGGCCGGGGCCGGAGGGGGGGGCUUCCUCUACCUGCUGACCCGGGAGCCUCGACAGCGGCAGGCAGUUCUGCAGGUCCUCGACAACACGCCGGGUCUGGGAGACUUCAGCGUUCACUCAGUGGAGCCGGACGUGGACGGGAUCACAGUCCUCCCUCCGUCCUGAGGACGGACGCACACACACACACACACACACACACACACACACACUCAGUGUUUGUGUCUAAAUGCAGUCAAAGCUGGAAAAACACAUCAGUAAUUAAAAAUAGACACAAAGUUCAGUAAAAGCACUUGAAUGAUCUUUUCAUUAGUGAUCAUAAAGGCCUUUAAAGCUCGUGAAGGAAACUGAUUCAACUUUAAAGGACAGAUUCAGGCGACUUCUGUCUUAAAGCAACACUCACAUUAUACUGUUCAUACCGGACAUGAAGAGUUCCUGAUGUGAUUUCAGUAAAAAUACAGUUUAUCUGAAGCUUCAACAGUCUGAGUUGGACGCAAGUGGAGAUGGUGGAGAGACAGGACAGAGAGUGAAUAUUAAUAAUAUAAUAAACUUUAUUUUCAAAACACAGUUACAAAGUGCUUUAUAAUAAAACCUCAAAUAAAACAGCAGGAAUAAAUAAAGAUACAGAGUUUGCAGAUCUCUUCAGGAAAGUCUUUUUAAAGUGGAGGAGCUUUAAGUGCGAAGGCUCUGUCCCCUUUGUGUUUGAGUCCAGACCUUCGAACAACGAGAAGCGACACAUCUGAGGAUCGCAGGGAGCGAGAGGGGACGCGAGCCAAUAAAAAGUCAGAAAUACAACUUGGAGCGAGGCCUCUCUGGGCUUUAAAAGUCAUCAGUAAGACUUAGUCAUUCAAAGAGCCACAGGUAGCCGCUGUACAGGUAGACAGGAUCAUGUUUCUUUGUACAGUUCAAAUCCGGGCAGCUGAGUUUUUGAUGAGCUGGAAGCAGCAGAGACAUUUUUACUGAUGCGAGAGAGCAGGAUAUUAAUUAUUAGUAUUAUUAAUAUUGUACUAAAAUGUACAGUCAUCUUUGAAAGAUACUGCAUUAAUUUGUCUAACUCAUAUUAUCUUUGGCUGAACUGUGAAACCAAAAACUAUCAAUGUACAUGAGAGCAUGUGAGUACUGCUUUAAGACAGACUUGAACCUAUCCUUUAAGAACACUGUUAUUUAUUUAUUUUACCAUUAAUCAACCAAUGAACAAAAACCCAUGAUACUAACACUUACUUUGUUCAUUUAAAACCUUUUAAUGAACAAUUAAUCUUUAUUUAAUGGAACAAUUAGAGACAUUUAAGGAAUAAAAUGAUGUUUUGGUUCAUAAAGUUUGCUGUAUUUUGAUGCUGUUUUGUAUUUCAGCUUUAAUAAUGAAUGUAAAUCACUGAACAGUGUUGCUCUUUGUGAUGUCAUCAGUGUUGGACGGUACAUUAUAAUUGUCUAAAUAAAAACUAAUCAAAGAAAUAAAGUCAAAUAAAACACA